UGUUGUGUCUUGUAAACUUUCUGUUUUCUGCUGCUGGAGAAACAAACCGUCCUCAUGUCGUGAUGUUUGAGCUGCGGGCGGUGAAGCAGCUGCUGGCCGACAGACUGGCGGCGGCGGCGGAGCAGAUCUUCAGCACGUUCACAUCAGGCGUGCCGGCUGAACAGCAGAGGGCAGCUGUGCACCAGCGUCUGUCAGUUGUUGCUGAUGAGAUCUUCAGGAUCCUGCAGACGAUGAUGAAAGAAUACGAAGUAGAUGUCUCCACUUCCCACGAGGAGAACGAACAUCAGCGCCGACCGCUGGACAUCACGCUAAAAACUGUGACACAAACGUCAGACAGACUGUCCAUUUCCUCUGAGCAGCAGAAAUGUGAGCAGAGCACGAGCUCCAGUCGGGUCCAGAGAACAUCAAAUCUGCCACCGUUUAAAGAUGCAUCUACAGAGACUGUGGACUGUGACUUCACCCACAGUCAUCCCUCACAUCACAGAGAAGAAAAGGGCACCUCGACUGUCACGCUGCCACCGAGCGACCAUGAGAUUCUCUCAUCAAACAACUCAGAAGCUGCGAGUGAAGACAGCGAGAAACAUCUUAAAUCAAACAAAAGGAAAGCAUGUCAGAGACUGAGAGAGGCUGAGGGUUGUUGCCAGAUGUGUGGAAGGUCUUUUCAUAAAAGUGUCGCUGGGAAGAAAAUCAAAAAACAAGAAUGUAAAGUUUCUGCAGCUCAGAGUUGCUGCAGAGUGUGCGGGAAGUUUUUCCGCUACAAGCGUUCCUUUCUGAAACACGUGCUCGCUCACGAACAGAGCUCAGAUCUGUGCGGAGCCUGUGGGAAACAUCUGGACUCUGACGAGAGCUUGAAGGUGCAUCUGGAAACCCACAAUGAAGAAAACAUCUGCAGGGAUCAAACAGAGGACGAGUGCUCCGACGCUGAGAGCAAAGUGGGCGACAGCGACGAGGAGUGGAAGGACAGCGAGGGGAGCGACAGUGACGACGGAGACAGCGAGAAAGACGAGACCAAAGACGAAGAAAAAUCAAAAACAAAAGGAUCAAACAAACAUAAAGGAGCUAAAAAUAAAGAUUACAAGGAGUCAUCGGCUCUGAAAUACCGCUGUAAAGUCUGCGGCAAGUCUUUCUGCUAUAGAGCCUCGUUUUUAAAGCACGUGCAAGAAGACGAGGUGGAGACGGAUGUUUGCGGCGUGUGUGGGAAGCGGUUCAAGUCGGGGGACAGCUUGAGACUUCACCUGCAGACCUACAUCAGAACAAAUGACUGCGAAGUCUGCAACAAACACUUUGACGGCCACAAACAGCUGGAGAUGCACAUGAGGACGCACACGGGGGAGAAGCCAUACAUCUGCACCGUCUGCGGGAAGGCGUUCGCUCAGAACGGGAACCUGAUGGGGCACAUGAGAGGCCACACCGGGGAGAAACCGUACGUCUGCAGCGUGUGCGGCCAGAGCUUCAGCUUUAAGGAAUACAUGAUGGCUCACAUGAGGAUCCACACCGGGGAGAAACCGUUCCUCUGCAGUGUGUGCGGGAAAGGCUUCAGACAGAGGGGGACGCUAAAAACGCACAUGAUGAUCCACACCGGGGAGUCGACGCACCGCUGCAGCGUCUGCGACAAGAAGUUCUACAAGAGCGGCGCGCUGAAGAUCCACAUGAGGUCGCACACGGGGGAGAAACCAUACCUGUGCAACGUCUGCGGGAAGAGCUUCACGGCAAGCGGCUCGUUAACCAAACACAUGGGCGUGCACGAGGGCGAGCGCACGCACGGCUGCAGCAUCUGCGGAAAAGGAUUCGUGAGGAAGGAGGAUCUGAAAAGACAUGUUCAGACUCAUGAGGACGAAUCCACACAGCUGACAAGUCUUUAAUGUCAACUUUUAAGAAUGAACAUCAAUUAGUCAAUGACUUA